GCCUCCUCGAGAAGACCUCUCUGAAUUUUGCGAUUUUAGUAUCCUGUAACUUAAGUGUGAAAUUUGCAUCUUUUUGCAUGCUCCCCUCAGAGAAAGGGAAGAGUGCUUUGAGCAUUAGCGUUUGAAAAGUGUCUGUUUCCCUGGGGAGAUAAGGAGUCACUUGAGCUUUUGAAUACGUGCACCUCCACCUCCCUUAGUGUUGGUCUUUCAUUGUAUUGAAAAAAUGAGCGACAGCAUUGCCAACAUGAAAAGUGAAGAUGUAUUAUUUGAUCUUUUAGAAGAACAUGGUGCUCGACCCUCUUUAUCAGGUAUGGAUUGGGCACAACAGAACUGGUAUAACUUGCAGAGUGUUUCGGACUGUAUUAAUGUCCUGCAAAAGAAUGCUCGUACUCAAGCUGGAAAAGGAAAGUCCUUUAUUUGUGCCGUACUCGGGGCUACUUUAAAAGCAGCCAUGGAGUUCCGAGAUGAAAAGCAUUCGGCAGAAACCCAAACUAUACAAGCACUGAAGGAAUCAGUUAAAGUAACACAAGAAUUGGUGAAAACUCUUCAGAAUCAAAUAGUGAACCUUGAGGAACAAUUAGAAAGAGAGAAACGUAAUUCAGCUUUGUUGCAAAUGGCUUUUAAGGAACUGCUAACAUGUAAGCAUGCCAGCCAUACCGUCACCCAUAGUUUGCCUCGAGAAGAAACUUUUCCUCAGGUGGAACUACCAGGAAUGAAGGAAAGGCUAGAUAAAUUAGAAAUCCCAAUAGCCCCAUUGCGUCCUUUGAUAAAAACUGAAUACACAUUCGAUAACAGUGAGGAUCUAGAUCCUCAAAUGAAUGUUAAAGAAAUUCCCUUCUCAGCCACUGAACUGGCGAAAUUGAAGAAAGAUUUCAGCCGCUCUCCAAGGGAAUCAGAGACAGAAUAUGUAUGGAGGGUUAGUCUCACUGGUGGCGACCAGAUUCGGUUAACAGAAAAGGAAGCAGAAGGUUAUUGGGGACCAGGAGUAUUUUUAACUACUGGUAACAAUCGUGCUCCCUGGUCCUUAACGCAAAGGGCUGCCUAUUGGGCAGGUGGUCUCAACCCUUUAGAAUGGGGAGACCCUCUUGCCAUUAUUGGGACAACUGAUGAGUUAGUAGAGAGUGUUCAAAAGGCUGCUUGUCUCCAAAUGAUGUAUGAUAGAAAGCUGCAGCCACACCAUGAAUCACCUAUGAUGAUGCCUGUUGAUCCUGAGAGAAUGACUGCUUUACUUAGAGGGCUUCCAGAGUCGUUAAAACCUAUAGGUGUUCAACUGCAAGGAAAAAUACAAGUAAUGCCUCAGGGAGAGAGAACCCGGCCAGUGUUAGAAGGAACUGUAACCCCCAACCAUCUGCAGUCAGGAAAAAAAGCAUGGACGUGGGGAGAGGUUGCCCAAGAGUUAAUUAACUAUGGAAGGAAAUAUGGGCCAGUGGUUUCUUCCUCCACUAAAUUUGAGCCAAGUGAAGUUAGACUUGCAGCAGUCAGCCUUGCCCCCAGGCCUCCUAGCUCAAAGCUCAGUGGGAUUGGAAGGGUCUCACUGUCAGUAAAAACAGGUAGGUGAAAUAUUGAUCAUAAAUGUAAUUGUCUCUGGACACUCGGCUGGCAAAAGGGUGUUCCACGAGAUUUGAUGAAUGGAUUACCGACUGUCAGGUUAGAGAAAUUAGUUAACUGGUGGCGAGAACAAAAGCUCCAGAGUCUCGAGGGAAGCAAGACCCCAGGUCCUAGGAUCUCUCCCAGGGAACCUGAACGGCUACCCAAACCAUUAGAAAACUGAUGUCUUCGCCCCUCCCAAGUGAGCGGGGUGGGGGCGGUGAAGGGUGGAUGCAUGAGAAAGCUCACAACAAAGGGGAACAAGAUCAUCGAUUUAACACCUUCUGCCAAAGGCCUCACCACUCUUGCCAGUUAUCCCUGUGAGUCACGAUCCAGUGGCUGAUAAGCCAGGGAAAUACUUUUACCUCCCUGGCCAGACUGUGUCUAUUGACUCAGCUAACCUGAGGCCGGUUUCACUAAACUUAAUGGAAUCCCUUAACAAAUAUCCUUGGAAGGCUAAAGACACCCCGAAAAAGGAAUAUGAAAUCAACACUUGCUGGAUUGUUCCCUCAUUUUUUAACCAUAUUAACAAAGCCCAAAAAGGGCAAGUUUGUGUCUUGUUUUAUUUCACAGAAAAUCCCCGUGGGACCUUGACAGAACACAAAAAGACUAAUAGCUGAUUUAAACCAUUUGUGUUUUGUGACAGAAAUACUGAAGAUUUGAUCAUGCUAGAAUACUGAAUGUAUAUCUUGAUUAAAUACUUUGGUUGCAGUAGUGUUAUGUUUUGUGUUGUUGUGGGUGUGGGUGGUGAUUUUUAUAUCAGUCCUUGGAUCUGUU